ACAGCACACAACAGCACACAACAGAGCAGACCCACCUGCCUUUACUUUGAGCAGCUGGUCCCGUCCUCGUUUGGGUCGUGUUUGCUUGCCGUGUUCUCUCUCCCAAGUCAUAUCCUGCCUAGCACAAUACUGCGCCACACAGCCCCACUCAAGAACGGCGCACGCGCUUGUCAACGCACUCUUGAGUUGCGGUUGUCUUCGCCUUGCCAUGGUCGUGGCAUGCUGAGACGCCCGUUGAACCAGAUCAGCAGCUGCGGCGGCACCAACAUGGCAGAGCGACGAGCCCCUGUGCGCUCUGGGGUGCUGGCGCUGCUGCGCCUCUUUGCGUUUGCCCUUGUGGUGGUGUGUGUCACAGUUACCUCCAACUCAGAGGUCACAACGGCCUCCGCAGUGGCACCAACCGCACCCACAGCAACCACCGUUGCGCCACACCACAACAAUCCUGCCCUGAGCACCAACCGGGGUCACAGCCACGGCGCAGAAAGGAGAAUAGGAAGGCGUGAUGCAUCGGGCAACGUCACCGUCGACCACCUUCUCGCGCUGUUUCCAACAACGCCGCCGCCCGUCUUCAACAGAACACUGCCGAGACCACCAGCCUCACCAACACGCAAGCCCGCAGGCCCCACUUCAACAGUGUUGGUGGCCUCGACGCCAGCGACAGCAGCAGCUGCUCCAACGCCAUCACCAGCGUUCACGACUUCGGCCAUCAUGAGUCAGCAGCCAACAACCGGCACGUCCACUGUCAUACAGCCGAGCUUGCUUGUGCCUGCACCCGUCUCUUCAACACCAGCACUGGCACCUUCAUCGACACAGAUGAUUGCACCAGUGCGGUCUUCGGUGUUGGUGCCGGUGUCGUCGGUGGUCGUGGUGCCUCCAAGGAGCUCGAUCAUGCAUCAGGUGUCACAGACAACAGCAUCGCUGCCCACCACGUCAUCGGCUUCAAGCAGCUUGCCAGCACGCGCCAGCGCCACACCUGCAGCAACAGCGGCACAGUCUGCCUCGCCGCUGCCAACGCAGCUGCCAUCCCUCUCACCGCCAUCAUCAUCUGCAGCAACCCUGCCGCCAUCAGCCACGGCAGACGACGGUUCGGUUGAAGCGAGCACAUCCCUCGCACUGACCACGCUGUCAACACCUUCGAUGACGCGCGCACCUGCUUCAACAGCUGCCGCAUCCGCGCUGCUGCCCUCUCCAUCCCUGCUGUCCUCGCAAACUACAACCUCAAGCAGCAACAUUGGUGGCGGCAGCGUGUCUCCGACAGCGACAUCGGCAGGUCGCACAACGACGGUAUCUCUUCCAACCCCUGCCGUGUCGCAUGCACCACCAUCAUCAUCAUCACCGUCACCAUCCGUGUCUUCGGUGCAAUCAGCACUCCCGUCUCCAUCUGCAACAUUGGUUGUGCCCGACAGCAUUGUGUCAUCAGCCGCUGUCCAGCCCUCGGUGGCAAGCAGCAGCGGCACGUUGGCCACCACGGGCAGCAUCAUCAGCAGCAGUGUGUCGGUGUCAAGCGUGUUGCCAACGCCACCACCGCAGGUGAUUGUGGUGUCGAGUUCGGUCGUGCAGCCAACAGCGAGCAGCAUCCUGAUCAACCCGCCGCAGUCCACAGCCAUCAUUGCACCUGUCACCUCUGUAGCGCCAGUCACACCACAGCAAUCGCCGACACCAAACCCUUUCACAACAACAGCAACAACAACGACCACAACGACCACAACAACCACCACAGGCGCUGACAGCACCAGUACGACGUCUUCCACAGCAGAUCCUACAACUGUGUCCACCACCACUACCACACUUCCAAUCACGACCACGUCAAUGACUGCCAGUGGUGACACGACAACUUCGACAACUUCGACAACUGCAGGAAAUGAAAGUGGCGACACGACCACGUCGCUGCCGAUAACCUCCACGCCAACCUCCACGCCAACCUCCACGCCAACCUCCACGCCAACCUCCACGCCAACCUCCACGCCAACCUCCACGCCAACCUCCACGACAGCCUCCACGACAGCCUCCAUGACAACCUCCAUGACAACCUCCACGACAGCCUCCACGACAGCCUCCACGACAGCCUCCACGACAGCCUCCACGACAGCCUCCACGACAGCCUCCAUGACAACCUCCACGACAGGUGGUGGCAGCGGAAGCACCACAACCACAAGCACAACACCCACGCCGACAAUGACAAGCACAAGCAGCAGUGGUAGUGGCACGAUCACAAGCACAACCUCCACGGUAUCAACAGGAAGUUCAACGACAACGGGGUUCACGACCACGGAGAAUGGAAGCGGCGACACGACCACAACCUCCAGCUCAACCAUCUCAUUGACAACCACAACACCCACGACCACGACCACAACAGCCACGACAGCCACAACAAGCAGCACAACCGGCGGUGAAAGCGGUGCGACAUCCACGAUGACGAAAUCGGCCACCACAACAACCAUGACCAGCACGCCAACAACCACAACAGCCACGACCAGCGCGACAAUCAGCACAACGACAACGACCACCCCCACCACAACAACCAAUACCGGAAGUGGCACCACGACGACCACUACCACUACCACAACAACCACCACCAGCACCACAACUGCAACCACGGCGACAGCGACAGCGACGACGACGACGACGACGACGACGACGACGACGACGACGACGACGACGACGACGACGACGACAACGACGGAAAGUGGAGUCUUUCCCACAACAACUACAACAACAUCAUCAUCAACUGGAAGCGGUACGUCCACUACAACCGCCACCACGUCCACAACCUCGACAACAACAGACACAGGAAGUGGGUCGUCUUCCACCACGACAACCACGACAACCACUAUCACAAGCACAAGCACCACAACAACUACCACGACAAGCACAAGCACUAUCACAAGCACCACAACAACUACCACCACAAGCACAAGCACAAGCAGUGGUGGGGGCAAGGUGACACUGGCGCCGACAUCAACAAGCACAUCGUCGUUUCCUGUGGUGGUGACACGCGUGCUUGUGUCGCACACGCUGGUGAUCAGCAAUGUGAACGUGAGUGCGAUUGAUGCAGAAGAGGUGCGUGGUGCGAUUGUGGAGCUGCUGGCGCCGCUUGUGGUUGAGGAGGAUGUUGUGCUGCGGCUUGAUGAGCAAGUGCGAUCGAGGCGAGAGGCUGUUGGUGGCGAUGGGGUGGUGCUUGUGAUCCAAGUGAUUACGGAUGCACCAAAGGCAGACGCAGUUGCGACCGCGCUUCGCGAUUUCAUUCUUGAGUUUGAGGCGUGGGUUCAGUCAGCGUAUGGCGCUCAAGCCACAGUGCAGGCAAUUGGUGACCCCACGGUGUCACCACUUACAACGACGACCAGCACAACUACGACGACUUCAAGUUCAUCUGGUGACGUGUCGACAAUCACAACAACCACGACCACGACAAGUACCACGACAAGUACCACAACAACUACCACGACCACAUCAACAACAGCAACAACUACGACCACCACGGAUUCCACUGGUCCAGUUGUGCCCGUGGUGUCCUCAAGCCUGAUUAUUCCGGCAGCCUCCAGUCGACUUGUUGGGCCACCAUCCUCCUCUGUUGUGGUGCUGCCCAUCAGCAGCUCACAGAUCCAGGUGCCCUCACCGAGCUCCGUGUCUCCUCCAAUUGCACCAUCGUCAUCCUUGGCGCUGAACUCACCCUCGCCAUCCCCGUCGACGCUGCCUACUCCUUCUUCGUCUUCUCUUUUCACGACAACAACAACACCAGCAGCCACAGCAACGGCAAGUGCAAUUGGGACAGUGGUAGCGUCCGGUGGGAGUCCGUCGCCAACGCCUCAGCUACCAUCGGCUUCCAUCGCGGUGACAUCCUCCUCUUCUGCGCCAAUCCUCACGACGGUGUUCUCUGCACAGCCAACACCGUCUCCAUCACCCGCAUCUUCAGCAGUCAGCGGGCUUGGUCCCAUCGAAAGCACGCCCUUCCCAACAGCGACAUCUGUGCUUGCACCCUCGAGCAGCGAUUUGAGAGCCAGCAGUAGUUCGGUGCUUUCCACCCGUUCAGCCGUGGCUUCUCAGCCGUCUCCUGUGCCCACAUCAGCCGUGGACAGCAGUGUUUCACCUUCUUCGACGUUGACUUCAUCCUUGGUCCCUCCACCCUCGUCAGCGACUGUUCCCAGCAGCAGCAGCAGUAGCAUCAGCAGCAGCAUUGUCAGCGAGGGUGUGGUAACAACGACAGCUGUGCCGCUUGUGUCGUCUUCGGUUGCCACUGUGUCGUCAUCGCUGGCACAAUCUACAUCGCCCUCUCCGUCACCGACAGUGCCUGUUGUGACACCACCGCCGUCCAGCGUGCCCAUUCGGCCCAGCAGUCCCAUCUCACCACCGCCACUCAGCCCGCCUUCGCCGCUGUUCACGGACACGCUGCCGUCAUCCUCACCGCCACCGGUGCCCUCGUCCCCCGACGUUCCUCAGUCGCCGCCGCCGCUGUCAUCGCCACAGCCGCCAACCAGCGCUGCUACGGUCACGCCAACACCAACGCCCACGCACACGCCCACGCCCACAGCAACGCAAAGUGCAUCUACCACACUUCAGCCAACGCCAAGCCCAUCGCCGGUGGUGACUACAACAACACCAACAACCACAACCACCACAGCCGCAACAACCACGUUGACUACGACAACCACAGCGACAGAUGCUGACACGACCUCCUCUGGAAGUUCUGUGCAGACAACCACAAGUACUGCUGGUUCAACGUCCUCAACAGGCAGUGGAGACACGACAACGACAACCACAACGACAACGACCACGACCACGACGUCUUCGUCUGGAGACGUGAGUAGUACAACGUCCCUUCCCACAACAACAACAACAACUACAACUACAACAACAACAACAACAACAACAACUACAACUACAACUACAACUACAACUACAACUACAACUACAACUACAACAACAACAACAACAACAACAACAACAACAACUACAACUACAACUACAACUACAACUACAACUACAACUACAACAACAACAACAACCACCACCACAGGAAGUGGACUUGACUCAACAACGGCGUCCACGACAAUAACAGGUACGACAACGACGACAACAUCGAGUUCUGGCAGUGGAUCAACAUCAACAUCGCCACCGACAACCACCACCACCACAAGUACAACAGGCUUCUCGGGCGACACGACAACAACCACCACAAUCACCACUACCACAACUACCACCACCACAACAAAGACGACGACAACAACAACUACCACAACUACCACAACUACCACGACCACGACCACGACCACGACCACGACCACAACCACAACCACAACCACAACCACAACUGCCACGACAUCGUCAUCAGUUGUCUCAAGCCUGCCGCGGUCAAGCGCAAGCGUGCCCAUAUCGACACAGACGUCAAUUGUGACAACUGCCACAAUCGCGCCCGUCUCGUCCUCAGCAACUGCACCGUCAAGUGUGCUGCCAUCGCAGAGCAUCAGUGUUCCCGUCGUGUCAAGUGGAAGCAUUUCGCCCACGCCGUCAUCGGUUGUCAGCGUGGUUCCGAGCCAAACCCCUGUUCCCAGCACAGGUGUACCCAUCUUUUCGUCUGCGUCGCCUACACUACUGCGGCCGUCCACUUUUGCAAGUCCCAGCGCAUCGACAACAGCAACCGCUGUCCCUGCGACGACCAGCGUGGUUGUGUCGAGGCCUGUUGUGCCCACGCCACUGCCCAGACCGCCCACUGCACCACCAACGACGCCCACAUCACCGCCGCCGCUCGUGCCACCAACGUCGCCGUCGCCGCUACCAACGCCCUCACAGCCGGCAACACCGCCAGUGUUGCCCAGCAGUCCAUUGGUUCCAUCAAGCCCGCCUCCGCUCGUGCCGCCUUCAGCACCAACAGUGUCCCCAAGGCCAUCCUCGUCAACAGGCACCGCCAUCCUGCCAUCACCCACACCAACCCCAACGCCAACAACGACCAGCACAACAACUACAACACCAAGCACAACCAGCACGACAACAACUACCACAACGACUUCAACUGGAAGCGGGACAACAUUACCAACGUCAUCCUCAUCGUCGUCAUCUACUACUACAACAACAACUUCCACAACAACAACAACAACAACAACAACAACAACAACAACAACUACAACAACAACAACAACAACUACAACAACAACAUCGAGUAGUGGUACAGAAACCAUCAGCACAACAACAACUACUACUUCAACUACUACAACAACUACUACUACAACAACAACAACUACUACUACUACUACUACAACAACAACAACAACAACGUCCACGGGAAGUGGCACAACCACAACGACGACGACAACUACAACGAGCAGCACAAGCAGCACUGGAAGUGGUACAACAACGACAACAUCGACAUCGACAACUUCCACAACAUCAACAGGAAGUGGCACAACCACGACGACAACGAGCACAACAGACACUGGGAGCGGAACAACAACCACCGCCACGACCACCACGAUUACCACGACCACCACGACAACUUCGACUGGAAGUGGCACUUCAUCUUCAUCUACAUCAUCAUCCACAAGCAUCCCCAUUACUCCAACAAAAACUACAACAACCACCACGACAACUACCACGACAACCACGACGACAAGUUCAACAGGAAGCGGCACCUCCAGCUCAACGUCCUCAACAAGCACAAGUACUGGAAGUGGGUUGUCGACAACUUCCACAACCACCACUACAACAAGCACAACCACCACGACAUCCACAACGUCCACCUCCUCGGGUGAUACAACGACCACUACAACGACAACGAUGACCACAACAACUACAAGUACAACCUCAAGUACAACUUCAACCUCAACGACUACAACUACCACCACGACUACAACUUCCACAACCACGACAACGACGACGACUACAACUUCCACAACCACGACAACGACGACGACCACAACCACAACCACAACCACAACAACAACCACAACAACAACCACAACAACAACAACAACAACUACUACAACAACCACAACAACAACAACAACUACUACUACAACAACAACAACAACAACAACAACAACAACAACAACAACAACAACAACUACAACUACUACUACAACAACGAUAACAACAACAACAACAACAACAACAACAACAACAACAACAACAACAACAACAACUACAACUACAACUACAACUACAACUACAACUACAACUACAACAACUACAACUACAACUACAACUACAACUACAACUACAACUACAACUACAACUACAACUACAACUACAACUACAACUACAACUACAACUACAACAACUGCAGAGUGCCUCGACACCGAAUUCAGGACUGCAAACGGCACAUGCUUAGCAUUGACGGUGUGCGGUGAGAGCCAAUAUGAGCUGACUGGGCCAUCCUCCACAAGCGACCGAGAAUGUGCCCCAUGUCGAACAUGCAACCCUGCAAUGGAGUAUGAGACAUCCAGCUGCACUGCGCUUGCUGAUCGGGAGUGUGCUUUGUUGACUGAGUGCGACCUGUCGACAGAGUAUCAGGUCGUUGCACCCACUGCAACAAGCGACCGUGUGUGCGUCAACCAGACCACAUGUCGCUUUGACGGCGAGCAAGAGUACAUUGCUGUAUUGCCCACACCCACCUCUGAUGCAGCGUGUGCGCGCGUGUCGGAGUGUGACGUGUUUGAGCACGAGGCGGCGUCUCCAACAGUGACAUCUGAUCGCGUCUGCACGUGUGUGCACCCCGAUGGCGCAGACACGACCGUGGCUGUCACCGUAACGCUGUCCGACCUUGAUGGAUCCAUCACAAAUGCCACAGCGGCCGAUAUCGGAGCCUUCCUCACAGAUGUGACACAGGCGCUGGCGUCUGCAACCAGCCUCAACUUGCUCAGUGCCAUCCCACUGCAGCAGCUGCAAGCCCUUGUCUCUGGCGACGUGGACAAGGCAACGACAUUUGACUUUCCAAUUCCACCAGAGCUGUUGGCUGCCAGCGCGCAGGGCCUUGUGACUGUUGACAACAUUGCUGGGUUCUACUCGGCUCAUUCCUGCGCGUACGACGUGACGGACUUUGGCACACCCGUCGAGGCAGCAGCUGCGAUACGCACAGGAGGCGCAGCAGCCACAGGACCACGGCCACGUCUGCAGGGGAUGGCCGCGGUGACGGUUGAGGAAGGAACAUCUCUUGGUACCGCUGUAUUCGUUGAUGUCGCCGUGUCCAUGCCUACCGAGACCCACGCCACAGUUGCUUGCCUCAUGCACGACGGCGCUGCCAGGAGCGAUGGCACGUUCUUGCCCACGCUGCAGGCGGCCUCGCCCUAUGUGACGGAUGCGACGGCUCUGACCGUCUCGAGUGUGACCGUGGGGGAUGCUGCUGGCGCCUGCCUGUGUGGGUGCGAUGACGGCGGCUCCAACCCGAGCGCCGUCAACCGCUUCUCCACCACGGAGAUGGCCAUCGUAGCUGUUCUCACGGUGCUUGUGCUGGUGACGGUGCUUGCGCUUGUGGUGGUGCUGCGGCUGUGGCGGCAGAAGUCUCGCCGUGUGUCGGAGUUGACCCGCGUGCCGGCAGCACCGGACUUGCCUGCCUACAUUGCGCCGCCAACCUACGCCUCCGUGGAGAGGGUGGCGAUGCAGAAGGGCGGCAUGGGCGCUGGGCUGAGCAAGGGCGAAGCCAGCAGGCGUGCCAGCCUUCGCGACCGCAUCUACGAGCGCCUGUCCCACUCAGGCCGGCGCCCGCGCCCGCAGUUUGAGUGGCUCGCUGGCGGCGGGGCUAGUCGCGAGGGUCUGCAGGCACCACCAUACCGACCGCCACCAGCGUACACCCCAUAUGAAGUGGACGACGUGACGACGGAUGGAGACGACGACUACACGAGCGACGCAGACGAGUACUGGGGAAGCAUGAGCGACGUGAGCAAGCGGCCCACGAGCGAGUUUGGUGGCUCACUGUACGCUGAGGACGGCGUGCUUGACAUGCACAUGACCGGGGCUGCAUCAAUCGCCUCUGAUUGGCAGAGGGAUGGCCGCAUGACACCACCACCAUUACCGCUGCCCGUGCGUGGUGUGGACAGCGAUGUGUUCGACGUGCCGCCGUACCAGGCACCGCCCCAGUACUCUGAUGCGUGGCUGUAUGGCGGAGGCAGCGCCAGCUCGGAUCGUGACCCGCGCGGUGACAGCAGCUUUUACGGAGACGGCGAUGCAGACACCAUAGAUGACCUGGAGAGCAUUGAUGACGACGAUGGCGAUGGUGACUACGCGAAGAGCGCCGAUGUCACGCUUGAGAGUCGGAUGGGCCAUGUGCCGUUGUACGAUGGCCGCAUCAACAGCGGAGGCGACGUGCUGGCUGAGAUGCCAUUGCCGUCGCGCGUGGCCGUGAAGAACACAGCACCAUCGACACCAACAUCGACGACACCAACAGGGACCCCGAAGCGCGUGCAUGGCGGGCGUCUUCGUCGUGGCCACGAGGCAGAUGCCCAGGACGACCGCGGUGUUCGCACGGGCCGCACGCCACGUGCCUGGAUGUCACGCAGCGAGCCUGCAAGCAUCGCAGGCGACAGCAGCGCGGUUGGCGAUGAUGACGAUGACGACUACGGGGCUCGUGGUGGUGCGCAUGGCGGUGCUAGGCAACCCCGGGUUAAAGCAGAGGCUCGUGCAGGACGAGAUGUGAUUCCACUGGACGACAGUAACCUGGACAUGAGCGGGGAUGUGGCUAUGGCGGCAGGUGUGUGGGAGGAGCCCGCAUACUGGUCCGGCCCAUCCACGCGCCCGCCAACACCAGAGUACGAAGAACCGCCGCAGUUCCCAUCAUCACUGCAGGGGUCGUUUAGAGGCCACCUCUCCGACAUGCACAGCGACACAGAUCGAUGAUGAGCGUGAAGGAUGCAUGGCAUUACGUAUGUGUUGUUCGUGUUGAGGUUCGAGAGUUGAGGGGGAACAGAGACAUAGGGAAGGAGUGUAUGUGUUGGUGUUGUGUUGGUGUGUCGCGUGUGUGUGUGUGAUAUGUCUGUGUGUAUGCUGUUUGUUGUGUCGUGCGAUAUGUGUGUGUGUGUGUGUGUGUGUUGGGUUGUGCGUUGUGUCGUGUGUGUUGUGUGUCGUAAGUUGCGUGUCGAGGGAGCGAGGUCGUUUGUUUGUGUUCAGGGCUUCAUAGGCGUGCGUGGAUGCGACUGACAAGAGAGUCUUUGGGAGCUUGUAUGCAUGCGUUUCAUCGUCAACUUCUUCUUCAUAGUGUGGGACAUGCUUCGAGACAGUACUUCAGACAAAGUAAAGCUUGAU